AUGACGGAGCAGAGGGAGUCGUUGAAGAUUGUGGCGGAGAAAGAGCCAGCAACCUCAGAGAAGAGAGUGCGAAGUGACCUCGAAAACUUCAUUCCCAAGCCUUACCUGGCUAGAGCUCUAUUUGCACCAGACAUUUACCACCCUGAUGGCAGCACAGACCAUACUCAUAAUGAAAUGAGUGUUCUUCAGCAGCAUGUUGCCUUCUUUGAUCGAGAUCAAGAUGGAAUUAUAUACCCUUGGGAAACUUAUGCAGGUUGCCGAGCACUUGGAUUCAAUCCUUUAAUGUCUAUAUUCAUGGCCAUCUUUAUCAAUGGAACUAUGAGCUAUUCAACUCUACCAUAUUGGAUACCCAAUCCCUUAUUUCCAAUUUACAUUGCCAACAUACACAAAUGCAAGCAUGGAAGUGACUCUGGAACUUAUGACAAUGAGGGAAGAUAUAUUCCUGCAAGCUUUGAGAAUAUAUUCAGUAAAUAUGCACAGACGGCACCUGAUAAGUUAUCCUCAAGUGAAUUGUGGUCCAUGACCGAAUGCUGUCGAGUUUCUUUUGAUAUCUUUGGGUGGAUUGCGUCAAAGCUGGAGUGGUUUGCUUUAUACUUACUUGCAAGGGAUGAAGAGGGCUUUCUUUCGAGGGAGGCGGCUCGUCGUUGCUUCGAUGGAAGCCUGUUUGAAUAUGCAGAGAAGCAGCAACUGGCAGAAAAUGAUGAUAAGUCAGACCACAAGAAGAAGUUCUAAGACUUCUCUAUUGUGGGUCUAAGCAAAAAACAGAUAUGGAGCUUUUGAUGCACAUAAAUAAGAGAUGUUAAGGCCUUAGUUUGUGUACACUAAUGGAGUAGGGGUGGACCUUGCAGUGUUGUGAAGGGAUAGCUAGUAUUUUGGUGAGCCACAUUUGCCUUUUGUUAGUGAA